AUGGUAGAUUCUAGCCAGUACUACAAGGCAUCCGGCUUUCAGUAUGAGGAGUGGUUGACCUGCUCUGCAGAGACGGGCUAUGUGUACCCAGAGGAGUUCACAGAGGACACUGCAUGGCUGGAGUUGGCUAAACAGAUUGAACUGUGCCUGUCUGCUUCUAAGAAGUGUCGGCUGCAGUGCCAGGAGCUGCUCAUUCCAACACAUCUGAGCUGCAGGAUUGCACAGGACAUCCUGGGCAUGGCUGCCAGCGAGCCCUGCGGACUGCGCGGAGCUGUCAUUCAUCUCAGUCUGGACAUUGACGGUGUCUGCACACCACUGGGGAAGAUUGCACAGGACAGCAGCGCACCCCCAACCUUUGAACUCGCACUGGCUCUCAAAGCAUUGAAGAGCAAGUGCUUCAAUUUCAGGCAUUUCUUUAACGUGGGCACUUAUCUUCCUCCAGGGGCCAACAAAGUCCUAAAACUUAGUGCAGGUUUCCGACUGGUGAAAAUAAAACUGUACUCUUCUGAUGUUCCAGUAAUACAGGACUUCUGAACUGCCAGAGUCAUUUCCCCUGGAGCUAUAAAGAUAUGUGUUUUAAUGUGUACUUCAGAUCUGUUCCUCAGAGCACUUUGUUACAUUUAGAAUUGUAUUUUAAAUCAGCCAUUACUGUUAGAUACUCAAAAUGAAUACCCGAGUUCAGUGAUGAGGUGCAGGCUGUGAGAUAUUCAGUAUUAAUGUGAACUUGCUGCUUGGUUACUAUGAAUGAAAUGAAAGAUAAUGUGAAUGUGGAAAUAGGAAAAUGGAGGAGGCACAUGUUGAAGGAUGUGAGAGAAAUAAGGAUGUUCCAGUGUUUCAAAUACGAAAACCCUACAUAUUUUGAACAUUUGUUGGCUAAAACACUAAAAAGUGGUACCAAAAAUGUUCAGUUGCUUAAAUCCAAUCACGUAUAAUGUAUAGCAGGUAAAAUUUUAUAUAUAUAUAUAUAUAUAUAUAUAUAUAUAUAUAUAUAUAUAUAUAUAUAUAUAUAUAUAUUUUUUUUUUUUUUCUUCAAACAAAUAUGCACAUAGAAAUUAGGGGAAUCAUUCUGGUGCCACGGUCCCAUUUCUUCUUUUUAUACUAAAAUGCACUGAAUGGCCAUUAUCCUUGGGUCUGUGUGCAUGCAAGAUGCUGUUCUCAAACCCACAGAGUGAGCUGUUCAGUGUGUGCAUGUGCAGCCUUUUCCUUCAAAUGCAAUGUCACUUCACAGCUCUUAUUUAUUUCAUUUUUCCAUUAUUUGAAAAAUAAAGGGUUUUAUCUAA